AUGCAAGAUCUACGAGAAGCAAACUCGCCAGGCCUAACCUCAGAAUUAGAAAGACAGUUGAGGGAUUUUCAGCCACGUGAAGAAAACUUCCAGAGACAGUUACGGGAGAUGCAGGAACGUGAACAGAAUUUACAACGGCAGCUCAGAGUGGUUCAAGAACGGGAUCAGUACUCUCAAAGCCAGCUAACGGCGUUUCGUCAACGUGACCAAAAUAUGCAGUGGCUGGUGAGAGAGCUUCGGGAAGCAGAACAAAAUUCUCAAAGGCAGUUGACGGAGUUUCAACAGCGUGAAGAAAAUUCUCAGAGGCAGUUAACGGAGUUUCAACAACGUGAAGAAAAUUCUCAGAGGCAGCUGAGGGAGUUGCAGCGGCAACUAAGGGAGAUAGGACAACAGUUGACCAAUUGCCGAGGACAAGUUUCUGAACUACAGUUAAGUCUUUCUUCGACAGCACAGCAAACAAUAAAUCAAUUGCGUAACCAGGGAGCACGUGACUGGGUUAUUCCCCGCGACGAAAUUCAAAUCACAGAAAAAUGCCUUGGGAGGGGAGGAUGGAGAAUUGUCAAUGAGGGAACGUAUUGUGGCUGUACUGUAGCAGUGAAAGAAAUCCACGAGUUGAUUCUCUCCCCUCAUAACAUACGUCUUUUUGAGAGAGAAAUGAAUAUUGCAUCCAAGUGUCGCCAUCCUCACUUGCUUCAGUUUAUCGGCGCCACAGUUGACGAGGGAAGUCCUCUGUUUGUGAUCGAGUUGAUGGAGAAAAGUUUGCGGACUCUGUUAGAUCAGCGGCAACUGUCCGAAACAGAAAUACGCACCAUUUCUUUGGAUGUAGCUCGCGCACUGAACUAUCUUCACCAGAAGAAACCAGAACCCAUCAUUCACCGGGAUGUGAGCAGUGCUAAUGUGUUGCUAUGGCGACAGGGUGACCAAUGGAGAGCCAAAGUGUCUGAUUACGGCACUGCUAAUUUUAUACAGCAGACCAUGACAGUGGCUCCUGGAGCUAUGAUUUACAGUGCACCUGAAGCACUUACAUCAAACCAAACAGUCAAGGUUAGUUUAAGUGAACAUUCAAGACUUUUUACUUACUAAAGCUGUACAGCAAGGCUAACAGUGGCAGAAGUGAAAGUGACGCUUGUCCUUUCCCCCAAACUCGCCCUCUUGUCCACUCCACAAACAUUUCAACAUUCUUGAAUUAAAAAUGACCAUAUCUUUGUCAGGAGUCUUUGCAGCUUGUUCGGCACAUUUUCCACUCUUUUAUGUUUUUCUCCAUGGAUUUGGUCCACGUAACUGGAUUUGUUAAUUUAUCCCUUCUUUUCUCUAAAGACAACAGUUAGAGGAUAGCCUGAGUAUCAGGCGUUUCUGGGGAAAAGGGGAAAGAUGGAAGCGAAAAAGGGAGAGAGGUGAAGGAGAGAAACGCCUGACACAGAUGCUUUUACUGGAGCCUUCCGCCCCACGCAGCAUGAUUCGAUACCAUCCAAUCAAAAUCACUUCCGGUCAUUGGGUUGUCAGCUUCACGUGUCAAAAAGCUCGCCUAAAAUAAAUCUCAAUUUACGGUCUGGCCGAGCUCCGGUACUUGUGUUGCUACGAUUUCGCUUUUUUUCUGAGGAGUUUUCGAAUACUUGUACUGUAAAACCUGCCAUUUAUGAGGAAUUAUAACAUGUUUUGGGAAUUGUGCUAGUGUAAGAUCGCCAAUGCUCUGUUUGUAAAUAAACGUGUGCCCGGAAAAUUGUAAAUUGCUUUUGUUUACAGAGUUAAAUCAGCCGCUUGUCUGGCAGCUAAAAAGCGGAUGUUAUCCCUCGUAUUCUCGGGUGGUUGAAAGGAGCUGCAAGAAUAAAUAGGAAGGUGCGAUGAUGAAACACCUAUGCCUAGAAAUUAUCAAGCAGCAGCAAAUUCCACCACUUCACAGAGAGCUCGUGAAAGCUGUUACAAGUUCAAAAAGAAGUGAGAGCCUAUAGCAAAAGUCAAUCUCGUUGGCGAAAUAUGAUGGCGCCCGCUUGAGCUUAAGACAUUUCAAAAGUGAGAAAAUUUUGGAAGAGGAAGCGAACGAAUUCCAAUCACGUACGCUAUCGUAACCGCAACAAGCAAAGUCAAGCUUUUUAAAAGCAUUUGUGCUGUCGGCUAUCUCAACACAUGGCUACCUCGCUCUACGUCGCUCUAUUUUCAUUUACAGUAACAAUACCCUUUUAACGGCAGGAUGUUGUAAAUCUGAACUUAGAUAUCUGAAACACUGAUAUUGUCUUCUUUGUCCCGGUCUUGUGAAACCAUAUGAGGCUUUUCCACACUCCCUGUACAUCUUUCCUUUAAACUACGAGGCCUUGAAAACACAAUUCUUGCUCGGGUUUUAUUUUUAUUCCAGAAAAGAACUUGAGAGCUCCCUCUACAGCCUUUUUGAAUUCCUCUCUGCGCCUCUGUCUGUAAAAGUAUCACAUACCGGUAACAUGAAAUCAAAACGUGUAUGAAAAAUUUCAAUGACCGCCUCCUUGCCGAUCGCUCUUGCGGUCAGUUACGUCAGGGGGUAUUGUGUGUUAUCCAAUCACUGCCACAUCCAGAUUUUGGAUGUGUCACACGAUUUGCUGAAUGGUUUUGUGUCAGGCCUUCCUUUCCCUUCUCCCCCUCCCCCUCCCCCAUCUAAAAUCUCCUCUCCCCUAGCCCCUUAGGAAGGCCUGAUACUCAGGCUAGUUAGAGGAUUGCAAAAGUUAGUAUUUUUAGAAACAAAACAUUUAAGCCAAGAACUUACCAAGAGGCCUUUUAAGGAUCUUCUGUUUUCUAGGCUUUUUUAAUUCAUUUAUCAAUCUUGAUAAUCAUAUAUUUCGUUUGCAUUCUCGAGAUUCUCCCUCUGGUGUUACUUUAACUCUUUUCGUAAUCAGUAUACCACUAAUAAGUAAUCUAAAUAAAGAAUAUUCUGGCAUAAAGUCGUGUAUUAUGAUUGUUUUUCUUAGGUUGAUGUCUACAGCUUUGGUGCUCUUUUCUGUGAAAUGUGCAUCCGGGAACUGCCAGAUCCUACAAGGCGAGAAGAACAAGUCGUGCUCGUAACGAACUCUGUGUUUCGCGGCCUGGUACGGCGGUGCCUGCAGAGAGAGCCUGGGACGAGACCAACCAUGCAGGGAAUAAUCAAUGAACUGAAAGAUGCCAAUGUAUCAUCUUAAUCGUAGAAUCCACUGUACACCAUAUCAUUGAUAAUUCCUGGCAAUGUGUGCGCUUAGCCUGUUCCAGUCGUUCAGAUCGUGGGGAGUGGCGCGCGCUUUUAUUUGCGUCUUCCCCACUAUCUGAAUGCCUUUGGUCUGAAAAUUGAAGAGGGCCCGGUGCUCUGAACCUGUGAAAAUUGUGAAAUCGAGGGUGCCC